AUGUUUAUCUAUUUAUUGUUUGUUUUGUUGAUGGAAAUUAGUAGAGUGUCAGCUGCGUCAAAGUGUGUUUGGGUUCGCGGAGCUAUUUUAUGUCAUAAAGACCCUUCUAAACAAUUUAAUGUUGAAGUUAGAGUCUAUGAUAGAGAUGGUUAUGGUGUUCUUAAAGUAGUUGAUCCCGAUGAUCUUAUGGGAAUUACUUUUACUGAACCAGACGGCACUUUUCAAUUGGAUGGGUGUGGGAAGGACUUUGAUUGGAUUCCUGGAGUGGUGCCAAACAACCCUGAUCCGUACAUUCAAAUUCUUCAUUAUUGCAACACUCCGAAAGGCGAGACUUUGGAGCUCCCUGAAUUUGACACAUUUGUUCCACGGACUCACGAUGUUGGCAUAGUUAUUUUGGAUUCAAAGAAAACAACAAAUGCCCCAGUUACUUUUCCGACUAUAAACAAACCGAGACAUAAAUUGGCUGAAUCUGAGGAGAAAGGAGGUGGACAGCUGUCUCUUCAUCAUUUGCUUACCAAAGAAGUCAUUCCUUCCAAGGACUAUAAAAAUAAUUCUUCUGUUUUGUGGGACUCGUCAAGUAUUGAAUUGGACGAUUCUGACUCUAAAGGAGCGACGCCCUAAUUUGACAAAAACAAAAUUUUAUAACAACAACGUAACUGAGGAAAUUUCUACAGAACUUAAACGUGACUGAAAAUUUUUUUUAAAUUUUUUGUUUUUUGUGACAUUGGCUAGGUCGUUGUAAAUUUACGGAUUUUUGAAAUGGUCAGAUUUAGGGUUGGAUUUUUCGAGACGGGCCUACGUUCGAGGCAUUUUUUCGGGCCGGGCCGUUGGAGUCUUUUUCGGGCCAAAAAUCAAGGCCCCCAACCCUUGUCAGAUUUAAAAAAGGACUACUAUUUUACAGCAACGACCUAGUAAUUAUUUUUCGUUUCUCUGGGGGCAUUCUAUUUAAAAACCUUUUCUCUGCAUUUUACUUUAAAGAAAAUUUAUUUUCAAUACAAAAAUCUGUAU